GUCCAAGUCUAGGGCUCAACUUAGAGAGAGACGCGCAAUCAUGCGGCGCUAGGGUACUAUAGGUAGUCAUCUGCGCAGCCUCUUAGGUUUACGAAUCACUUGUUUGUUGAGUAUUCUUCAAACAUCAGGCUGGCCUGAUGAUUUGUUUGAUUUAACCAUCUCUCAAACUCUUUUUCCUUCUUUGUCACGACCUUGUGACUACUCAAGUCGUCGACUAACUGACUGAACAAUCUCGACACUCACUCGCUACCAGCUACCUAGUCUAGUCCUACAAGCCUAGAACAACCACUUACACACAACAUGGCACCAACAAGUGGAAUCCCAUCCCCCCUCCUCGUCUCUACCACCACUCUCCUAACAACAACAACCCGCCGUGACCUCUCCCUCCAAUCCGACACCCAAAAGAUCACUCUCGGCAUCAUCUUCGCCUACAUGCUCGCCAUCUUCAUCCUGUGGAACGUGCCCUACAUCCGCUCCAUCCUCUGGCCCUUCAAGAUGCUCGUCAUCGCCUUCCACGAGUUCGGCCACGCCAUCACCUGCGUGCUCACCGGCGGCCGCGUCCUCUCCAUCAGCCUGGACCCGCGCGAGGGCGGGGUGACGCACAUGCAAGGUGGCCGGAGCGGACUAACCUUGCCGGCGGGGUAUUUGGGGAGUUCACUGAUCGGGGCGCUGUUGACGUUUUGCGGGUUCGAUAUCGUGGCGAGCAAGGUGGCUAGUUUUGUGGUGGGCGGGUGUUUCUUGUUGACGCUGUGGUGGGGGAGGAGGGAUUGGUUGACGAUCGGCACGAUCCUGGCGGCCGUUGGGUUGUUGGUCGGGUGUUGGUUCAUUGCGCAUGCGGAGGCGUUGAGGUAUGUGGUGCUGUUUAUUGGGGUUAUGAGUUCGUUGUAUAGUGUUUGGGAUAUUUGCGAUGAUUUGAUCUUGCGCAAAGUCAACAGCUCGGAUGCCAGUGUCUUUGCAAAGAGAUAUGGAGGUUCUUCGCAGUGCUGGGGAGUCAUCUGGUCUAUUAUCUCGUUGGGCUUCAUGGCCUGUGGCAUCAUUGCCGGUAUUGCUGCGUUUCCGCAAACGAGGGCCCAGCAGCAGGAAGAUUCGCAGCAUUUCAUUCCGACCAAGUUUUGAUGAUGGAUUUAAGGACCCGGCGUGUUCGAGGGAAGGGAGCAUGUGUUGGUUGCACAAUUGGCGUUGGAUCAUUGAAAGUCAUGAUAUUAUGGAGGCAUGGACCAAGAAGUAGCCUGGUCGUGGAAGGUACGGAUGAAGACGUGGAGUUGAUGAUACCCGUUGGCUUUUGUUUAGGAUCGUUCGGACGGAGGGUUGAACACAGCAAGUAUUGUUCUUUCUGUGCAUAAAAACGGCCGAUAUAGAUACACUACUGCGUCUUCAUAGUAAUAACCCUCGUUUACCAAACA